UCUAAAUUCCAACAGAGAAAUGGGAGGUGAAAUCUGCGGGAAAAUGAGGUGUGGGGCAUUGAAAAAGCUCUCAAAUUCAUGGAGGAAGAUGGAAAUGAGUGUCAACGAUGCAGUUUCAAAGAGCAAAGUUGGCAAGUUCUUCAAGCUCGAAGCAAGGAAGACUUGUUUCACCAAGGAGCUACGAGCUGGCACUGCAACUUUCCUAACAAUGGCCUAUAUCAUCACCGUCAACGCCACCAUCAUCGCCGACUCCGGCGGCACAUGUUCUGUGGCUGACUGUACGGCUCCGGCGAACCAAAAUGCUUCACUGGAUUGCAUGUUGAAGCCCAACAUAGGGUAUGAAAACUGUGUUUCGAAAACCAAGAAUGAUCUCGUUGUUGCCACUGUUUUAUCAGCCAUGGUGGGUUCUUUUGCAAUGGGGGUUUUGGCCAAUCUUCCAUUGGGAUUAGCCCCUGGGAUGGGACCUAAUGCUUACUUGGCUUAUAACCUGGUGGGGUUCCAUGGAUCAGGGUCCAUAUCAUACCGAACCGCCAUGGCAGUGAUUCUGGUUGAAGGCUGUGUUUUUCUUGCAAUAUCAGCAACAGGGGUUCGAGCCAGGCUAGCCAGGCUCAUACCUCAGCCAGUCAGGCUAGCCUGUGGUGCAGGCAUCGGGCUGUUCAUUGCAUUCGUGGGGUUACAAGUACACCAAGGUGUUGGCCUUGUUGGACCUGACCCAACCACAUUGGUCACCGUCUCGGCUUGUGCUGAACUAGACCCUGGUUCUGGCACUUGUUUAGGGGGCAAAGUGAAGAGCCCCACGUUCUGGUUAGCCAUGGUUGGGUUCCUGAUGACUUGUUAUGGGCUAAUGAAGGAUGUUAAAGGAGGUAUGAUAUAUGGUAUUUCAUUUGUUACAUUAGUUUCUUGGAUUAGAGGUACUUCCUUCACAGUUUUCCCUGAAACUCCACUUGGUGACACAAACUACAACUACUUCAAAAAAGUUGUUGAUUUUCAUACAAUACAGUCCACUGCCGGCGUGAUCAGUUUCCGCCACUUCAAUCGAUCCGAAGUUUGGGUUGCAUUAGGGACAUUGUUGUAUGUCGAUGUGCUCGCCACGACCGAAACUUUAUACACAAUGGCCGAAAUCGGGGGUUUCUUGGAUGACAAAGGGAGUUUUGAAGGUGAAUAUCUAGCAUACAUAGUUGAUGCUAGUUCAACAAUUAUUGGAUCCGCAUUAGGGGUCUCUCCGGUAGCCACUUACGUCGAAUCAUCAGCCGGUAUAAGAGAAGGCGGUCGGACCGGAUUAACUGGCGUCAUUAUCGGUUCGUAUUUCUUCUUGUCGAUGUUUUUCACGCCGUUGUUGACGAGUGUGCCGCCGUGGGCGAUUGGACCUUCUUUGGUGAUGGUUGGGGUGAUGAUGAUGAAAGUGGUGAAAGAUAUUGAUUGGGGGAACAUGAAAGCGGCAGUGCCAGCAUUUGUUACAAUGUUGAUCAUGCCAUUGACAUAUUCUAUAGCAAAUGGUAUCAUUGGUGGCAUUGGGGUAUAUUUUGCUCUUAGUUUAUAUGAUUUGAUGUUGGGGUUUAUCAGAUGGUUGAAUAAGAUGAGGAGAAUGGUGAUGAAAGAACAGAAUCAAGUGUCGGCUGCUGCAUCAAAUGGGGUUGAAAUCAUUUGAAUUUGUAGAGGGAAAAGAUGGUCAGCGUUUUGUUUAUGAUGAAGCAAUUUUCUUGUGAAAAUUCAUAUGUAUACAUAUUGCUUUUUGCAGGAAAAUUGUGUUGUAAUAUCUUAUAUUAGUACUGGUAGUUUGUCAUAUAAAAGAAGCUUCGU